GGCAGCGGGACGCGCAGCGCCAUGGCCGGCAUCAAAGCUCUGAUCAGCCUGUCCUUCGGGGGAGCGGUGGGACUGAUGUUCCUGAUGCUGGGCUGCGCUCUUCCUCAGUACAACCAAUACUGGCCACUGUUUGUUCUGUUUUUUUACAUCCUUUCUCCUAUCCCGUACUGCAUAGCAAGAAGAUUAGUAGAUGACACAGAUGCUACGAGUAACGCCUGCAAGGAGCUGGCCGUAUUUCUUACAACAGGCAUUGUUGUCUCGGCAUUUGGACUGCCUAUAGUGUUUGCCAGAGCAGAACUGAUUUACUGGGGUGCCUGUGCACUUGUUCUUACGGGGAAUACAGUCAUCUUCGCUACGAUCCUAGGAUUUUUCUUGGUCUUUGGCAGCAAUGACGACUUCAGCUGGCAGCAGUGGUGAAAAGAAGAUAGAGAACUAUCAUAGACAUCUUGUCAUUCAGUGGCCAUCCAUACAAAUGAGAGAAUGGGCAAUAAAGAGAAGUAGUGUAGCAAGCCUCUCCAGUAUUCUAGACACUCCUUUUUCAUCUUGUUUGUUCUGAGUGUACUACUGUUUUGCUGAUGGGUUUCUAGGUUUUUAUCAAGUGAAGAGAUAGCUGAUUUCAUUUUUACCUUUGGUAUGUUUUAGGUGCUCUCCUAGUUUGUCAUUCUUGUUCUGUUCAGUGUUUGUGUGAAGCUUUAAAGCUGAAACAAGAAUGUUAAACUUGCUUUGAAACCAUGUUUUAAAGUUGUUUUUUUUUUUAGCAUUAAUACAGUGCUUCAUUUUUUUUAUGUGGUGAUUAAAUUAUAUACAAACUGACCUGAGGUAAGCAAUUGUACACCACCAUUGACAGUUACAGAUACACAGCUUGUUACCAUUUUAGAAGAGGCAAGGGUGGGUGUGUACCAGUUACAGACUUUUUCUUCUGCCCGUACCUCGAAGGGGGUGAUGAAUGUUGAUAGCCUUCAUUUAAGGAAAAGGCUGAGAAGCAGGUGAAGUUAUUUGGGAAGAGUCCUAAAUUUAAGCACCGCUAGCACUUUACCUGCUUCGUUACUGAUUUUUGUGUGGAUGUGACAUUCAGAUACUCUGUAAAUGUGGUAAUAUUAUGACAUGCAAAACCAAAUUGCGUUGUAGGGGGAGGGGAAAAGCUAUAUAAAUUCCAUUUUUUAAAACAAAUAUCUUUUGAAUUCUAUUUAUAACUGUUGUAUUGUUUUGAGCUUUUAUGUCAACUUUUUACCAUGAAGAGGGUAAAAUGUUCAUUUAUGGAACUACUGGUAUGUGUUAAUUUGAAGCAUAUACAAAACUUCUCCUUCCUCUUUUUAAUUUAUUUUAUACAUACCAUGAAUGGAAUAAAACUUUUCAAGUGUACAUUAAAACUUUAUGUUAAACUUG